AUGGCUAACGUUGCUUUUUUGGAUCCUAUGAAGAAUGAACCGAAUCUUCAAACGGCUCAAGAUGUCGAUGAUUACAUAAAUACUUUAACUUAACAUUAAAAUGCUUGCGAAAAGCAAGGGAAGUACAUGGAGGCAGAAGAUGCCAGGAAGAGAAUUAUUGAGUUGAGGAAGUAACUUAUAACAAAAAAAAAGAAAGAAUUAAUAAUAAACUGGUAAAAUCAAAAGGAUUAGGCUGAGAGAGCACAUAUGGAAGAAUACAAUUAAUUCAAUUAGUUUUGGGAUAACAAGAUGUUAAAUUUUAAUGAGGAGGCCAAGCAGGUAGAAUUGGAACUGCAAAAUCGUUAGUAGAAUGAAUACAAGCAAUCACAAGAGGAACUAGAACGAUCGACUCCUUACAAGCCGAAGGAAUCAUCUGAAGUGUUAAAUCUAAAGAAAAUUGAGGAGCAUCUGGCUAAACAGAAGAAGUAAAUAUUGCAUAAAAAUUCUAGUUAUGUGGAGGCACAUGCUAUACAGAAUAAGCGUGCUUAACUGGAAGAGGAAGAGCUUAAAGUAUAUUCAGCCUAGAGAAGUUUGAAGAUAAAAACUUAAUUGUAAUAAUUGGAGUAGAGACAUAUGAAUGAGUUGAAUGCGUUGCAGCAAAGAAUAAAGGCUGGACAAGAUGAGUUAAGGAAGAAUAGAAGCAUUGAUCUGGAGAGGUAUUUGGAUAUAAUCACACUAUAAAGGUUGUUAUAGAAGUAUCAAAACAUGAAAAAGGAUUUAGAGUAGAGAGAAUAGAUGGACAUCUUAGCAUUUGAUGGAUAAUUUAAAACCAAAGGAUGCAGUAGUUAGAGUACAUAUAAGAGUGUGAUGAUGAUGUCUAAAAAAUGA